AUGUUCCAAUAUUUCUAUUAUAUAUGAGAAGAACCAAUAAGAAUACAUAUUGGUGAUUGAGUUAAUAUCGGUGAUAUAAAUAUAUCAUAUGGUAUUAUAUUAGAUUCUUUAUCUAUGACAGUUAUGGUACCAGUAGGUAUAGUAACAAUGUGUGUAUUAUUAUAUGCUAUAGAAUAUAUGAGUCAUGAUCCUAAACGUAAUACAUUCUUAAUUAUAUUAAGUGUAUUUGCUAUAUUUAUGACAAUAUUAGUAGUUAGUGAUAAUUAUAUCAUGAUGUUUAUUGGUUGAGAAUUUGUAGGAGUUAUAUCAUAUUUAUUAAUAUCAUUUUGAUCUACAAGAAUAGCAGCUAUGAAAGCAGCAUUAUCAGCUAUAUUAUUAAACCGUAUGGGUGAUACUUUCUUUAUGUUAGUAUUAUGUAUCUUAUUAAAAGAUUUCCAUGCUGUAGAUUUUGAUACAUUAGAAAUGUUAGCUCCAUCUAUGGAACCAUUAUUAAUAUUUAGUAUAUGUUUAUUCUUAUUAUUAGCAGCUACUGCUAAAAGUGCACAAUUAGGUUUACAUGCAUGAUUAUUACAUGCUAUGGAGGGUCCUACUCCAGUUAGUGCAUUAUUACAUGCAGCAACUAUGGUUUGUGCAGGAGUAUAUGUUCUAGUAAGAUCAUACUUCUUAAUACAAUAUUCAUCAACUAUAUUAUUUAUAAUUUGUUGAUUAGGUGGUAUAACUACAUUAGUUAGUGGAUUAAUAGCUAUAGUAACUAAUGAUAUUAAAAGAGUUAUUGCUUUAUCAACAAUGUCUCAAUUAAGUAUUAUGGUAUUAGCUAUAGGUAUAAGUUCAUAUGAUUUAGCUAUAUAUCAUUUAUAUUGUCAUGCUUUCUUUAAAGCUUUAUUAUUUAUGGGUGCAGGAUCAGUUAUACAUAGUUAUAUAUCUGAAACACAAGAUAUGCGUAAAUAUGGUGGUUUAAUUAAUUAUUUACCAUUUAGUUAUACUGCUAUAUUAAUAGCCUCAUUAUCUUUAAUGGCUAUACCUGGAUUAACAGGUUACUAUUCAAAAGAUAUUAUCAUUGAGUCAUUAUAUGGUACUUAUACAUUUAGUGGUUAUGUUUUAUAUUAUAUUGCUGUAGGUUCAGCAACUUUAACUAGUUUAUAUUCUAUAAGAUUAUUAUAUUUAACUUUUUAUAAUAACCCUAAUAGUAAUAAAGCAUCAUAUCAAUAUAUACAUGAAAAUAUAUAUAUGUUAAUACCUAUGAUUAUAUUAAUAAUAUAUAGUAUAUUUAUAGGAUUUAAUAGAGAUAAUGUUAUAGCUCAUUAUGGAAUGCAAAUACCAGCGAAUAAUAACUUUAUAGAGACUGAAUUUACAUUACCUUGAUAUAUUAAAUUAUUACCAUUAAUAUUAGGAUUAUCUUUAUCAUUAUUAUUAGUUUAUAUAUAUGAAUAUGCUUAUAAAGUAAGACCAUCAGUAAUACAUAAUUAUUUCAAUAAUAAAAUAUACUUUGAUCAACUAUUAAAUAAUAUAGUUAUUCGUAAAACAUUAGUGUUUGGAGGAUAUCUAAAUAGUAAGAUUGAAAAUGGAUUAUUAUUAAAAAUAUUUGGAUCUGUUGGUAUUAGUAAAGCAUUAAGAUAUGUAAAUUAUAUAUUUAUCCUAAACUUAUUAUAUCUAUUCUUCUUUUCUUAA